AUGUCUGAUAGAGUUGACAGGAAUAAGAAGAUAUUUGAUCUUCGAAGGAGAAAUUUUUCGAGGAAUAUGGUUAUGAAGCUCGGGUUUUUGGGAUACCUGAUAAUUAUAUUUAAGUACUUGAAAUAUGGUACAAACGUGUUAAGCUUACUGUUUAGGUGUGUGGUACAAGCGUUGCUCAUAUCGCCAUUCCCAGAUAAAUCGUAUUCGCAAUGGCUGUUGGCCAGAAAUGGCCUGCCGACUUCACUACAAGGGUCCAUCCCAGGAGGAUUUACCACAGCUGGUGCUAGUGGCAGUAACAAUAGCGAUAGUACACAGACAGACACUGGCGAUUUCGCUCUAGAGGUGCUGAAACGCAAAAUACGGGCUAUCCUGUUCAAUUGCGUGCUUACUAUAAAUAUUCUGUAUGUCGUAUUUGCCAUAUUAUUCCCAACCGACUUCUACAUACCACAGGAUGGCAUCUAUAUUGACAAACAGAACGGCCAUCAGAAUAUGCCAUCACCUUUCAAGUAUGGGAAAUACAUGCUAGAAGGUGAGAGGAAAGGUGGAAUAACUUUUCAAGCAAUCGGUGAAACACUGCCGUGUUCUAACUUAUCUGGAAAUUUGGGUGUUAUCUUGUGCGAAGCCCUUAUCCUUAUUGCACAAUUGUUGCUCUUUUGUGUAACUUGCAUAAAUUUUGCAGAACUAGGCUAUGCUGAUGAUGACGAAAACGAUGAAUAUUUUAUAAAUAAUGAUGGUUACGAUGGAAAUGUUCUCCUCACUACAAUAAACUUGCAUGAGGGUAUCGAUGUUAUGCUUAAUGAAAAACUCCCUAUUACCGAAACACAAACUGUAUAA